AUGCUCAAUCUCGCGUUAUCUUCCGUGGCAGUACUCGCUGCGGUGGCCUUUGCCCAGGAACGCUGCGAUGCUCCAUACCCGACCGUAUUCUGCAACACGACCGAAAUUCUAGCCCUCAAAUCAGACGACUGCAGCCCCUACCACGUCUUCAUUGUCCGUGGCUCGGACGAACCAUAUCCCGGACGUGUCGGAAACCUCACCAGCGAGAUCUGUAAGCAGAUCGGAAAAGACGAUUGCACCUAUGAGGACGUGGAAUACCCUGCGAAGAGCACAGCGUGGGGUCAGGACGAGUGGUGCAAAUCGGCGUCAAAGGGCGCAGUGAAUGGACAGGCGCAGGUCAAGGCGUACGCGGAGAAGUGCUCCGACAGCAAGUUGAUCCUUUUGGGUCUCUCCCAAGGCGCUUCAGUCGCACAAGAUAUCCUGGGAGGUGGAGGCGGAGACGUUUUCGAGUGCACUCAAGACAUCAACGAGGCCAUCGAUCCCUCCACAUCGCCUGGCUCGCAGAUCGUGGCUGCAGUAACCUUCGGAGCCGUCGCCCGCAACAAAGACCAGAACUUCACCGUCGGCGAGGGCGUAAAAUUCGACGGCACACGCGCUCGCACUCCCGAGCAACUCAAGGCCCUGCAGAAGUACUCCAGCGUGCUGCUCGACUACUGCCACUACGGCGACCCCAUCUGCGCGGUCGGCAGCGAGCCCGUGAACGUCACUUCUCAUCUGGACUACUUCUUCGAGCACAACCCGGAAGUGGCGCAGUGGGUUGUCGGCAAGGCUAAGGGGAAGGCUGUCAGUGUUCCCGGCAGCGCACACAUCGGCAAUGUUGAGGCAUCGCAAACGGCCAGUGCUAGUGGUACCAGCGGUAGCACUGACAGUACUGGUGCGGGAAGCGUUGUCUCUGCCGGGACGUUCGUUGCGUCUUUUGCAGUGGUGCUAGGUGCCACGUUGUUCUCGAUUGUGCUUUUGUAG